CUAAACCUUACUGUUGAAGAUUUGAAUGGCGUUUCAUACUGGUCAUCUACAGAGAGGACAAAGGGCACUUUGCAGAAGAAAAUCUGUAAGACAGUAAAACAGAUGCAUAUAUACAAAAUGCUGUAUUUUGGCCUUAGUAAUUCUUCUGAAUUUUGCAAAACAGUGCUUCAUGGUAUGGGACUCUACGCUUUAAAAAAAAAAAAAAAAGCAGAUACGUGGGUAAUACACAAUGAAAACAGCACUGAAGAUCAUGGUCAGCCUCCAAAACAGUUUUGUAAUUGCAAAAGUUUUGUCUAUGGGAAUCAAAAUUGAUCUUCUGUGUACAUGGAUGGAAAUAAGUGCUUGUGAGAUCAGCAUCUUAAGUGGGUGCUACAGGAGGUAACAGCAGAGUAGGAGAGAUUUUAAAGAAGAGAUGUUUCCCAGUUUCACACUUUUAACAGCUAUGACAGACUUAUCAAAUAAGGGAAAUAAAAUUUUAAGUCUUACUUUUGAUAGGCUGAUUAUACCUAUAAAAUAAAGAGGGAAGGUUAAAUUAAAUGCAAGCUUUAAGUUCAUGGUUUAGGGAAUUAGAAGAGUGAAAUAAUUCAAUGAGGGGGAAAAACAAAAAAGCAAACAAAAAAACCCAGACCAUUCCUCAGAAAUUCAGUCUAGGAAUGGAGUAUGCUCCAGCCAUAAAAUCCUUAAAGAACUGCAUAGUUUUUAAAAAAUAGACUAUUUAGUGUGGAUUUGCUAAUAUAUACCAAUAGUACUAGUAGUAGUAGAAGUUCUAACAAUUUUUUCACAGUUUAUACCCACAGUUUGAGAAAGAGUGCAAAGAUCUUGGAAGAUGGAUCCUGAAAUACAGAAAAUGAGAGAAGUUGCCCUUGUUUACCUUGACAGAAGUGGUGGUCUUCAGAAAUUUGUGCAGGAUUGCAAAAGAUAUAAUGAUUCAAAGCAAAGUUAUGCUGUUUAUCGUUUCAUUAUUUCAAUAAAUCCUUCUGACAUUGCUGAAUUGGAUGCAAUUCUUGGAAACUAUAUUCUUCAUAAUCCCCUACAAGCUGCACAGAUUUUUCAGUCAGUAUGCUUCAUAGCUAUUAAGACAUUAUCAUUAAUUGAACAAUUGCAGACAGAGGCCCAGAUCAGUAUAUUGCUGAAGCCAACGCAUUUGCCACCUUUACCAAGUUAUGUUCUGAGUCUUUCUGCAUAUCCCUUUAAUUACACAUCUCAAAGAUUUUACAUGUCUGAAGGGAUAGUGAUUGCAAUGGGAACCGUAACAAAAUACACACAAGGAGCAAGAUUUCUUUGUACUGAGGAAACCUGUCCAUUCUCUGAAGGGUUUAGGUACAUCAGAGUGCAUUGUCCUGGAGCUACAGAGUCUGCCACAGUUAGGACUGAUUUUGUGUGUAGCUUGUGUUCCUCACCACUGCAGGAAGACAUGAAAUUUAGAGUACUUGGUGAUAAACAAAUAGUUGAAAUGAUCGAUGCUAAAGUUCUGAAUGCUUUAAAAGGAUACUCCAAUGAUAAAUCACAUUUUAGGAUUCAGCCAUUUACAGUUUUCUUGAGAGAUGAACUGGCCAAUAAAAUGACAAUAGGAAACCACUACAGGAUUAUAGGAAUUCCAGCUUGUGUACAAAAUGGCUUACAAGCUACUGCAUGUAUAGAAGCAAAUAGUGUACAGCUCUGUAAACCAAAUGGUCCUUCUUUUCUCAGUGACAAUUUUAAGUAUCUGCUCUCAUUGACUUCAAGUUCAUGCUGGAGGUUUACUGCUGUCCUGGCCAACAUCUUUGCUUCUCAAGUUGUUCCACCAGGCACUUACAAUACUCUUAAACUUGCAAUACUGUUGAGUUUAGUGCAGACAUGUGAAAAAGAAAAUGCAGAUUAUCUGGAUCUGUUGAUUGUGACAAGUGACACACUAGUAAUUGAUAGGCUUCUGAAUUACAGCUUAUGCCUUCUCCCUCGUGGCAUACGACACCCACCUUCCAGUGAAAUUUUUCCUUCUGUGUCCAAAGAUAAACAUGGAACUGGAAGUGCCAGUAUUCAAGCCUGCAGCGCUGUGCUGGCGAAGGGUGGCAUCUGUUACAUAGGAGACUUAUCUUCAUAUAAAAAGGAUAAACUUGAACUUCUACAGUCUGUGCUAGAGAGCAGAACAACAACAGUAUUUAUUCCUGGGAAGAAGUACGGAGAAGAAGCUGACCAACAAGUUACUAUUUCACUUCAGACCAAUUUUUGGUCUUUUGUGGAUAUGGAUUCUUCCUCAAAGAAACAUAUACAAAAGGAAAACUUUUUAAUUGGACAAAUGGACGUGAGUUUGAUUCCAGCUAACCUUGUAGAUGUUUUUGGGCUCUUGAUAUACAAUGAGUUUCCUUCCUGUCGACUAUCUUCUCCUCUUAUACACCACAUCUUGACAAAAGCCAUUAAUCCUGAGGCCAUGCUGUACAAAGUCUCACAGCAGUUCAGAACACAGGAUUACGAGGAGUUUAUUUUGUUUGCUAAGAAUCUUCAUGUUGAACUGAGUUCAGAAGCAGAGAACCUCAUUCAGGGCUACUAUCUUGCAAGUCGCAGGGUGAGAAGAGAUUCCAUUCAUGGAUCAACAUUAUCAGCAUCUGCACUAAAAAUUCUGUGAGUCCUAGCUUUUCACAGUAAGGGAAACACUCCUGUGUCUCAAAGAGAAAUUGCACUAAUCUGGUCAAGGCUUGUUUAAUAAAAAUCUAGAUAAGACAUGUUUUGAAAAGUUCAAGCACAAAAGAAUUUUAUUUAUUGAUAAUGAAUGCCAUUUCUCUUAUAUAGUAAUGCUGCCAAAAGAAACCCAAGUUCAAAGAACUUUUCCAGGCAAAAAAUAAACCAGUGAUUUACAAAACAAGUAUCAUUAUUAAAGCUAUCUAGAAAAACAAAACUGGGAUUUAAAUAUCCACAGCUUUAUUAUGAGAGCAAAACAAGUAUAAACAAUAGAUAAUAUGCCAACUUCUACUGCUUUCAUAGCAUAAUAUGUCUUUUGUCAGUGGUAAGUAUAACUGCACAGCUGAAGUAUGAAAAUGCCUCAGUGUUAACUUUUGAUUUACAAAGUGCUUGAAACAGGGCAAUACACAUUGCAUUCAGUUCUGCAUUAUUUUUUAUUUCUGACAUGCUUAUGUUGAUCUUUUAGGAUUUCACUGUCUAAGGCUCAUACCAAGCUAAGUUUAAGACAGACGGUACUUGAGGAAGAUGCUUUGAUUGCCAUCUUAUUACUUGAGUCAUCUCUUACCCUAAAACACGGUAAAUAAUGCAACUCGGGCUUUGGGCUAUUCACGUUUGUUAGUUUGAAAAAAGUUUGUAUCGACUGCAGUAACAGGUCAUUUCAAAUCAAAACCCAGAGAUUCCACUGCCGAAGACUGGUAUUGGAAAAGUCUGUCAGCUGGCUUCCCUGCUGAGCCUCAGUGCUCCACACAAUUAGGCCACAGGGCAGCACCACGUCUGUCCUUCAUGCUGGCUGCUUUGAGGCAUUGCUACUCUAACACUGGUCAAGGUUAAACUAAGGACAGAUUUCCCUCCUGGGGAAAGCUGAAAACAAGAGUUGGGAUUUUUUUUGUUUAUCAAGCAUCACAGUCACAUUUGUUCACAGAGAUCUAGAAACAAGGUAAGAAUUAUGAUCUAACACUUAAAAUGGAUAACAGAGAAGACUGCAUUACUAUGUAAUCUGUGUCACAGUUUUUUCCUCUCGAAGUGCUUUCAGCCUAAGUCUUGAUUUCUUCUUUACUUAGGCACAUCUGCAUUAUGUGUAGCACCAAAUUCUGUAUUUCCAUUUGACCUCAGUGAUGAAAACUCCCUGCAAGAGAGAGAUAUUUACCUCAUGCAGUGUCACCAUCAACU